AGUCUUUCAAGCUGUCAGCGUGCGAUUCGCAUUUUUUCGCCGAGAAGUUUCAAAUUCCUAUAAUUUCCUUUUCGAAUCACUGAAUAUCGCAAGCUCAAGCAUCAUGUUCUUCGAUGACUUUAUCAACUUUGAUGAUACGUCCGAGGAGUCGGAAGGCAACGAGCAGUCGGUCUACAUUCAUAUUCCGAACUCGAAAUUUAUUAUCGUGAAGAAGGGCAAGGAGUGUCGUCGUCUCUACUUGGACAACCAGCGGACCACGCCGGCGGAGCGCAGGGCCCGGGCAAUCGAGGCGAAGCGGGCAGCGGCAGUUGUGCGCCGCUUGAAUCCGAAGCCGAAAUACACGGUCACCAUAAUAAUCGGAACCACCGAGGUGGUCUGCGACCUGGAGCUGCUGCAGAGAAACACGGACUUCUUUUGCCGCGGCAAGCACGGCAUGGCCUAUGGGCUGCCGGCCUGCGAUGUCAGCGUGGAGGCCUUCAUAUCUAUUUACAAGUGGAUGGCCAAGCCGAACCAGAUCAUCUUGCCGCCGAUGCUGAUGAGCGUGUUCAAGGCGGCCAUGUACCUGAGGAUUAAGGUGCUGAUCGAUCAGUUCAUGGACGAGUUUAGCGAUCCGUAUACGGCACGCGAGGAGAUCGGCUUCCACAUGUUCUUCGGGCUGCACAAGAUGAACCUCUAUAUGCCCUUCCGCAAGACGAUGCGCGUGCACAAGUACUUCUUGACCCUGAUUGGCACCGAUGAGUACAUCGACCUCUGGCCCAAUGCGCUCGUCUCGCUGCUCAACUCGCCGUACAUUUGCGUCAACUCCGAGAUGGAGGUGCUCAUCGCGGUCAUCAUCUGGCUGUCCCAUGACUACAAGUCGCGAUGCUCCCACACCGACCAGCUGAUGAACUGUGUGCGCUUCGACAGCAUUCCGCUGGAGGCGGUGCUCCAGAUGCGCCAGAAGUGCGCCAUCAGUGGCAUGGGACGGCUGCUGUACUUUCCCGAGAUCGAGAAGUACCUGAAGUUUGCGCCGUCGCACAACAACAACGUGCGCUACUGCAAUCGUCGCAUCUGGAUCUACGAUCAGCUGUGCGACUACCAUCACGACGCCCACUGCCCCAUGCGCAACUACAUCACGCUGGAACAGUUCGAGCACUACCAGCAGGAGCUGCGCAAGGCGCCCGUACUGCACUGGUGGCACCGCCAUCAGCUCAAUCCCUAUGUGCACAACUGCCGCCACGAGAAGUGCCGCCGUCUCUCCGGUCCGCAGGGACGUCGCUAGGCCCGCAGCACACUGAGAUCAUCCAUCUAUAGGUAAACACUGAUCCAUGUCGGAUUUCGCACUUUGCAUGCCUCCAUCCAUACGCAUCACCCCAAUUCAUUUUUGUUCAUUUACAACUUUGCUGUGUCGACACAUUUCAUUACACUCACUCAUUUCACAUUUUUUUGUUGUUGUUUUCAACUAUGCAACAUUUAACAUUUAGCAUGACUCCGUACAACUUUUCUCUGUCAUAACACCAGAAACACCAUCCACUUGAAUUGCGUACUUACCCAC